AUGUCGCCCUUGUGUGAGCGUCUUACAACGGACAUUGCUGGCCAAUUAGCUUUUGGUCAACCUCUCAACACACAAGUGGAGGCCACAAAUAGAUUGUUCCCUCGCGCGAUGGUCUCCAUGAAUGGCCUCGUCAAUAUCUUCAUGAGCUGGCCCAUGGUUUCGAGAACAUGGCCUCUUCUCCGAAGACUUAAUAAAAGGAACGGCUUGACCUUUAUCAAGGCAAUUCAAGAUAUUGUUCAACGGCGAAUGACCAUUCCCCAAGAUGGAAAGCAUGACUUCUACUCUAUCGCAGCCGGGGAUGGUGGCCUAGCUGCAGAUACCCUUAGAAAUAGUGAGCUUUGGGCCGAGGCCGUAUUUUUUCUGCCAGCAGGUGGCACUACUCUCUCGGCAGCUCUCAGUGCCAUUUUCUUCUAUUUGUCGCGAGAUUUGAAUGUGUAUUCACGACUGGCUACUGAGAUUCGCACAACUUUCUCCUCAGAAGAUCAAAUCAAAAGCGGAGCCCAGCUCUCAGGCUGCAAGUACCUUCGUGCCACGAUUGACGAAACGCUGCGUGUCGCGCCGCCUUUCACCGGCACUUUAUGGCGUGAGCCUUAUUCUGACUAUAACCAACCUUUCGUGGUUGAUGGAAAAGUGAUACCCCGAGGGACUAUGGUCGGUGUGAACCCAUAUUGUAUAAUGCAUAACGAGGAAUACUUUCCCGAGCCGUUCCGUUUCCGCCCAGAGAGAUGGCUCGAAUCUGAGCAAGAAAGCAUCGAUGAGGAAAAACAGAGAGUCACAAUGCGAGCAGCGUUUGCCCCUUUUGCUCUUGGAGAAACUGGAUGCCUUGGUAAGGGAAUGGCGUACCAUGAGAUGAGUCUGGUCGUGGCAAAAACCCUCUGGCGUUUUGACUUUCAAAAAGCCUCAGGUCAACUUGGUAAACUUGGGGAAGGUCACCCUGGACAAAAAGGCGGAAGAAAUCGAGUCGAAGAAUACCAGUUGCUUGAUCUUGCUGUCGCGGAUCAUGAUGGUCCCAAUCUCACUUUUAGUCCAAUAGGAAACGGAUUUUGA